AUGUCGUGUGAACAUGUGGACAUCGUCAAGAGUGAGCGGAAACUGUUAGCGACCGCUUGCGUUUCGUUGUCAUGGAAGCAGUGGGAGGACCGCGAGGGUGUGCAGAAUAACCAGAAGCUGCGCGAACUCUGCAAGGCCUAUUAUCUCCUGAACGCGCACUAUAGUGACUGGCGACGACCCAGUCGAGGACCACCCGACCGAGGUGCUUCUGAAACCGAACAGCGCCGCGGGGAAGCGGACCUCGAGUGCCACUUGCAGGACCUCGCCACCACAUGGCUAGCCGUCGAUGAAGGACAGGAAAUGGACCGACUCAGGGAACGGCUUAAGACCUACGAAUUACUGGUACUGCGCUCUGUCUACUUCUGUAUUGAAACGCCAGACUACAUCAUUCCCAUGAUUGCCAAAACACUGCGUACGCUCGUACCCGGCAUCGCUAGCGACCCGUACCAGUACGACGGACUCUACCAAUGCGCACUCGGCAUCUUCAUGGACUACCUGCGCUGGCCCAACUACCUCCACUACGAUUUCAAACACCUCUGCACUGCCAUCGCCUUCAAGGCCGCCGUCACCAUGCACGUCUCACUCUGCAACCAUGUCGACCAACUCUCCGACGCUCAACUCACUCUCGUCAACCACGCACAAGUCAGAGAAAUACUCCAAGACAUACGCACAACCUACGGGUGGGCCGAAGCUGCCGAAGCACAAACUGUCCACACCAGCGGAAUCUGCACAUGA